CUGUCCACCUUUUAUUUUGAAAAGAGUAAUACACCACCAUACUAUUGCUUUCAUAACCUAAACCCAUCUCCAUUUUCUUAUCAACAACGGACCAAAGAAAAAAAGAAGAUUGAAUUGAAAAGUCCCUCAUUCUCUCAGAUCUCGAAAACCCUUCAGAUGGCGAACAAAGAAAUGGAAGUGGUAAAGGGUCUUGACAUAGAGAGGUACAUGGGAAGGUGGUAUGAGAUAGCUUCAUUCCCGUCAUUUUUUCAGCCCAGGAGUGGGGUUGACACUAGGGCUACCUACACUCUGAAUGAAGAUGGGACAGUGCAUGUGUUGAAUGAGACUUGGAGUGAUGGUAAAAGAGGUUUCAUAGAGGGGACUGCUUACAAGGCUGACCCAAAGAGUGAUGAGGCAAAGCUCAAAGUGAAAUUCUAUGUACCUCCAUUCUUGCCCAUCAUCCCUGUGACCGGUGAUUACUGGGUUUUGUAUAUUGAUGAAGAUUACCAAGUUGCUCUCAUUGGCCAGCCCACCAGGAAGUACCUUUGGAUAUUGGCCAGGAAGACACAUAUAGAUGAUGAGAUAUACAAUCAGCUGGUUGAGAAAGCCAAAGCAGAGGGAUAUGAUGUGAGCAAACUCCACAAGACUCCACAGAGUGAUUCUCCACCAGAAGGAGACGAAGGCCCCAAGGACACCAAGGGCAUUUGGUGGAUCAAAUCCCUCUUUGGAAAAUAGAGAUUACUAUGUAGCUUAUUAUGAUCUCAAUGCACAAAUAAUGAAGUCUUUUGCAGCAUCUGAACAAGGAAAAUGGGAUUUUCUUUUUCACGUUUUUCUCGAGUCUUUCUACUGUGUGAAUAGCAGUUAUUUAAUCCAGAGUUCAAUGUUUAAUAUUUUUAUAGGCUUUAAAAAUUUUACUUGUAGCUUUUCUGUAUUUGUAAUGAUGUCCAGAUUAAUAGGCCAAUAGUAUGUUUUUUAUAUUAAUGUUGAGAUUGAUAUUUUUUUAGAAGAAACAAAGCAUUUUACUAGCUCAGGAGGUAAAAACAUGGAAUCCAUAUCCAUUAAUGAGGAUAACUGGAUAAGAAUCCACUUUGAUACCUUA